AUCGGGUCCCAAGUGCGCGUUCCGUACCCCGGCCCACUCAGCAUCGUGACCGUCUACAACUUGGGGCAGGGUCUGGCGGGAGGGUGGUCGGGACAUGCCGGACCGGGACGCUGUGCAGGCCCUUGGGCGCGAGUCUACGCAGCUCUUCAAACAUCAACCGCUACCAAGGGGUUACACCAGCAUCAUCGCAUUCUACCCGCAUCCAAAAUCCUAUCAGUGGCGUGCGCUUGGCGGGACUGGUUCCUCCACGGAAGUUGAUAAAGUGGACAGCCGGCCCACUUCCGGUCGAUGUCGGCCCUUCACUGCCGGGCCAGACAGAUUGUCCAUCUCUGCAAUGCAGCCAGUCAGUCCUUUCCAGUACCAGAAGUUACUCGCUCUUGGUUUCCGGCCCAGUACCCUCUUAUUGGACCGGGACUGCGUGUAUGACGCAACCAGACACCGCGCGUGUAGUGCGCAUGCGCCGCGAUCCCGCAAGGAGAGCCCACAGAAACCGGAUACACCUAGCGGGAUCGCGGCACGGGGCGCUGUUGAUCCACAGAUUGACGCUGCAACGCCGGACGAUCUAGCUUGCCCGGACGCCAAUAUCAUGCGCAGUGACAACAUCGACCGGAUCGCCCCAAGUCUGUACAUGCGCAGUGACACACCACCCAGUCGUCCGAACGCCGCAGUUUUCAGUUUCCGGAGCAACAAAAACGUGACCCACUCGGAAAUAAAAUUGUGCAGUACCUAAUACAGACUUAACUCGACGUUCCCGUUCGAAGUAUACAGUUCGAUCCCCUCGAUAUCCGGUCGUCGCGACCCGGGGUCAACUCCCGCUGGGUCGUCGAAGUUUGUACUACAGCGGAUAUGGCAAAAGCUAUGCAGUCGGGGCUUCAAGUGGGCACGGACCGGCUGGUGUUCUUCCCGCAUGAUGACGUCACUAGACGCGAAAUCGCGGCCAAUAGAAACUACACGGAGGUUGUUAACGCUCAUGCAGUGAUAGCGGCGUCUGCUGAUAACGCAGUGCGCGGGAAACUUAAAAACGCAGUUUCCAGCGGUCGACGUCACUCACGACCUUAAAGAUACUAUGAAGAUAUGAGCUGAUUGGACUUUUUGAAACUAUGUCAUCAUGCUAAUUUGUGUCGUUUGGUAUAUGUACCAUAGCAUGUACCAAUAAUGACUCGAUUUUUUGAGUCAGGUUAAGAUUCAAGAGGGAUAAUUUCAUUACCGCCAUUUUAAUUCAACCAUCCACAUACAUUAAGGCACAUAUACGCUUCCUUUUUUUAGUUUCAGUUUUUGUUUGUUUAAAAUACUGUGCAUAUAAUACAUGUAUUGAUAA